AUGGACUCCAUCUUCAAUGCUCUCAGCGCACCCAACCCCUUCACAGGUGGUUCUCAGAUUAGCCCGGCCAAAUUGUGCGCCAUGAAAACGGAGAAAAUGUUUGUGUCCGGGGGUAAAAGGCAUUUUCGGGGAUUGAUAAGAGACGGCAGAUAUCUCGACACGGUGAUCAGUCGACAAACCGAGAAGAUCGUCGCGGCAAUUCUCAGGUCGUGGGAAGAGCAGACAGAGGAGCUGGACCCCGGCGACGAGGAUGACUUGGCCGAGUUGGCUCAGUUGGCUGUGACGAUGAGGCAAUGCUUAUCGAUCGUACGGGGCCAAAUCGCCAAGGACGAGAUGUUCGAACCUGCUCGUCUCAGGCUCGAAGAGUUGACGACGAUGCUAUUCCGACUCCGAUACGGCGUUUACCUGGCAUCGUAUGCGAGCUACACAGAUCAAGAAGCAAGAGACCUUGACCGCAACACCAACCUCGCGGCUGAUACACCUGACGACAUCGACGAGGAGGCAUGGCAGUUCUUUCUCAGACAAAGGUGGUCAUCAGUAAAUGCGCGGCUGCAAGCCGAAGACGUAUACAACACCUGCCGAGAAAAGCCGAGAGCCCUCAGACAGAGUGGCAGAGCGCCUCUAGUCAGGCUAUUGCAAGCACUCGCCUCACAGAUAGGGCAGAGCACGCCGGAUGCUGCCCAAGCCAUAGGCGAUUUUGUGACACGCACCUCGGCUCCGAACAGCCACCUCGAAGAAUUGGUGGAGCAGGGAAAGUCAUACGAGUUGAUGUGCGCUCUGCAAACCGAUCUCGAGGGCUUAACUAACCCGCCGAGAGCCUGUGAAGAGGAUGUGCCCGCCAUCAAGGCUGCGAUAUUGACGUUUGCUCGGCGGUAUUUCACGGAGUUUGAGUGA